UCUCGUUGAAGGAGGGGAACUUCCCCUUGGACCACUCACACCCGUACCCGUUCAACAUAUGCCGUAUACACACCGCAUCACCUCUGGAACCUUCCCUCUGCCCUAGCAAAGGGGGGCAGUAUCACCCACGAUAGGAAAUUAGACCUUCUAGCCUGGCAUUCGACGAGAUUGUCUCGAGAAUAGCGUCUGGCAAGAGCCCCGGUGUUACUGGUGCAACAAGACAAUCCAGCCGGGCCUCUCGUGUUGUCCCAGGUAGUCAAGUGGUGGAAGAUAGGUAGGCGGCGGACUAGACGGUUACCCAGAGUUUCAGAGAGCCGAAAGCAGCCUUUGUUGGGAAGAAAAAAAAAUCAGGUCCCUUGAUAUUGCAGGGGGGUUGUUUGGUUCCCAGGCCGAUCACCCAACCUUUCUACACUACUACGCCAUAUAAUACCCUCCACCCCCUUGUUUGUGCGUGCCUCCGUCCCUGGCACGCUCCCGAUCUCGAAGAAUAUGUCCGUACGACCGCCGGUAGCAGAGACCAUAUUUGACCUGAUCGUCUUCGUCGUCUCCCUGGUGAAUAUCUCCAACAACAGCAGGCAGCUGGAUCUCAUUGGCGCGCCUAACUACGUCGAACCGCUCUACCUGAUCUACCGCCUGUUGUCGGCAUGCUUCAAGCCUGGCGGAGCAGCAGCGGUACUGCUCGUGUAGCCACCACCACCGCCGAUAGCACUACCACUACUACCACAUCCCCAUCUCCGGUCGCUUCCGGCUCCGAGCCUCCGGCCCCUCCACCCCGGAGCAUCUCGGCCCCAGAACCACAACAACCUCGACGAGAUGUAUCGUAUUUCUCCAGACCAACACUGGCUCCUCCGGUUCACAGCUACUGCGGUUAUGAAUCCCCGUCCGAACUUGAAGAUGGUUAUAUAACGCCAGACCCAACCCACCACCGGCCCGGAGCCCCCUCCGAACCUUUCUGGGCAACCUCGUCGGCAUCCCGCCGUCAAAAAGGUGGUGGCAACAACAGCCCCAUGAAGGCGAGCAUGGAUGACAUACUCACCAAAGGGCGUAACUUAUCGAAGGGCAAAGUGAGCCUCAGGGAUCGCAUCACUUGUUAUCAGUGGACAUGGUUCACCAUGACUAUGGCCACCGGGGGUGUUGCCAAUGUUCUUCAUUCCAUACCAUACAAGAGUCAAUGGUUGACUGGCGUUGGCCUCUUUUUCUUCUUUCUUAAUCUCGUUCUUUUUACGGUAAACUGUAUCUGUAUUACACUUCGGUUUGUCUGGAGCAGAGGCAGCUUCCUGCAUUCGCUUAAUGACCAAACCGAGUCACUCUUCGUGUCUUCAAUUAUUGUCUCUGCCGGAACGAUCUUCAUCACCAUCUGCCAAUAUGGCAUCCCCAACACGGGUCCUUGGCUGCUCAAAGCUAUGGAAAUAAUAUUCUGGAUCUACGUCGGUCUGAGUUUCUCCAUCAGUGCCUUUCUUUAUCUUCUUCUCUGGUCCACCACCGUCUUCCCCAUCCACACCAUGACGCCCGUCUGGGUCUUUCCCGCGUACCCGCUCCUCCUGACGGCCCCUUACGGCGCCAACCUGAUUGCUGCCGCCGUUAAAUCCGGCCACUUGACUCGGGCGGGCCAGUCUACCAUCAAUCCAAUCUCCAUUGCCCUCGCCUCCGUCGCCGUCCAGGGUACCGGCUUUCUGAUCUCCUUCAUGAUCUGCGCCGCCUUUCUUUACCGCCUGAUGACCCAGAAGCUACCGCGCGACUACCAACGACCCGGUGUUUUCAUUUCUAUCGGACCUGGCGCCUUCACCGCCGCGGGACUGGUGCAGCUCGCCAACUCCGCCCCCGAUUUCUUUCCUACCGAGUUUCUGGGUACGCAGGGCGCUGUGGCUAUUUCCAUCCUGCGCAUGCUGGCUUACAUGGCGGGGAUCUGGCUCUGGGGGUUGAGUUGUUGGUUCUUCUUGGUGAGCGUCGGUUCGCUGUGGAAAUAUUUGAGACCGGAGAGAAAAAGCAAGCUGCAGUUCCAAAUGACCUGGUUCUCGUUCGUGUUUCCGAACACGGCGCUGGUGACGGCGACGGAGCAGUUGGGAAAGGCAUUUGAGAGCGAUGGGUUGAAGAUCUUGGGAUGUGUCUUGACGGGGUGUAUAAUAGUGGUGUGGAUUGUGGUGUUUUGGCGGAUGCUGGAAUGUAUUUGGAGGAGGGAGCUACUGUGGCCCAAGGAAGCAGAAGACUAGAAGUCUCGCCUUCCGAUUAGCCGUAGCGGCAGUGGCACGUCAGUUUCACCACUGCUCACCCUCGCACCUUCGCGCCCAUCGCUGUUAUCGAUACCAUCGUCAUCAACAUCAUCAGCAUCCUCGAUGAAGAGUACAAGGAGUACAGUAAUCACAAAGGUCCCGAGUAGGAUGUCCAAAGAGGCAAGACUAGAAAGCUUGGAAGCAGUCUUGGCGUCUCUGAAGUACUAAAGUACCGAGCUGGAUUGGUAUCUUGGCGUUACGGUUGUCUUUUCAUUUGGUUUUCUUGGGUCUUGCCCCUUCUUUCGGUUGUGGUUGUCAUAUUCGUAAACGAGAACAGAGAGAGACACAGUAACGCGGCAAUACGAACGAAAAGGUGGAUGUAUGUGUUGGACCUGUGCAUUUUAAUGGAUUAGCAACAAUUAAGCGGGGAAAGCGAGCAGUGAACUUUUAGUUGUGCUUUUGUAUUUUGGUGGCAUCUGCAGUUUCUGGAGUUUAGCAUUGGGACAAGAGGUUGUAUACAUGGUACUCAUACAAACUGACAGCGUUGCUUUAACAAAAAAAUAAGUCGG